UAUCAGCUGAGCGCUUCCUCCAGCACUUCCUCUACCGCCGAAUAGCACUGAUGCGGAUUACUUCCUCAUUUUCAGCAUUAACACUGUGCGUCUUCAUACUUCACACCGGCAGCGACAGACCAACCCGGCCCUGUGUCUGUUAGAGGCUGCACUGACAAGGCUUCAAUCUGCUGUCACCUGAAAACAGCCUCUACAGUCCCAGGAGGUUUCAACUUUGUGCACACUCCUGCCAACAGUCAACUCAAAAUGAAGAAAAACAAAAUCGGCCUUUCCAAGCAGCAGUCUACACCAAGCUUGGGGAAGGAAAUGCCACGCCUUUUCCCAAAAAUGUCACUUAGUGAGGUGGAUGAGGAGGUUCGUCUGAUAGCAGAGAAGGUAUACGCCUCUGCUCUGAAGCAAGAAGACACCAAGGACACUCUGGCUCUGUUCUCCGUGCCGGAGGACUGUCCCAUCGGUCUGCAUGAGACCAUAGAGAAGGAGUUACAAAAGGAGAUAGCUGAGCAGCAGUCUCAGGAGUCAGUUAAGAGGAAGAAGACUUUGAAAUUGAAGCGGUCACAGUCUGUAUCUGUGCCCCCUGACUGGACACCUACCCCAGAGCUCGCACCAACCACUACUGAUUCUCUUCUCCCCAACACCUUCCCAGAAUUCCAGAGAGUUACCAUCGGUGGGGAUUACUGUGCAGGGGUCACAGUUGAGGACUAUGAGCAAGCAACCAAGAGUCUCCUCAAAGCCCUGUUCAUCCGAGAGAAGUACUCCAGGCUGGCCUACCACCGAUUUCCCAGAACCACUGCCCGUUUCCUGCGCAGUGCUGAAAAUGAGAAAUGGCAAGAGGGGGAUGAGAUCUUGCCAGAGAUCUGGCCUUUCCCUCAUGAAGGAGCGGACCCAUACUCAAUGGAGGGCAUUCCUGAGGACUUGAAUUAUAAGCUGCAGAUGAAGGAUGGUGUAAUUCAUGUUUAUGAGAAUGAAGAGGCCCUGAAACAAGAGCAACCCCACAGGCUUCCGUACCCCGACCUCGAGACCUUUGCUAUAGACCUGAGCCAUAUACUUGCAAUGAUAGCUGACGGCCCUACGAAAUCCUACUGUCAUAGACGGCUGAACUUUCUGGGCUCCAAAUUCUACCUUCAUGAAAUGCUGAAUGAAAUGGCAGAGCUAAAAGAGCUGAAAAGCGUUCCACACAGAGACUUCUACAAUGUUAGAAAGGUGGACACACACAUACACGCUGCCGCUUGCAUGAACCAGAAGCAUCUGCUGAAAUUUAUCCAGGACUCGUACGAGACAGAAGAAGAUCGAGUGGUCUUGGAGAAAGGCAAUAAGAAGCUCACACUCAAGGAAGUCUUCAACAACCUCCACAUGGACCCAUAUGAUCUCACUGUGGACUCUCUGGAUGUGCAUGCUGGGAGGCAAACAUUUCAUCGGUUUGACAAGUUCAACUCAAAGUACAACCCCGUGGGAGCCAGCGAACUGCGAGAGAUUUACCUGAAAGCAGACAACUACAUCAAAGGAGAAUACUUUGCACGUCUCAUCAAGGAAGUAGCUAAAGAGCUAGAGGAGAGCAAAUACCAGCAUGCUGAGCCCCGUCUGUCAAUUUACGGCCGUUCUGGCAGUGAGUGGGAGAGCCUUGCAACCUGGUUCAUCCAGCAUAAGGUCCUCUCACCCAACAUGAGAUGGAUGAUCCAAGUGCCCAGGAUAUAUGACAUUUUCAGGUCAAAGAAAAUAAUACCAAACUUUGGCAAGAUCCUGGAGAAUGUCUUCCUCCCCCUCUUUGAGGCUACAAUCAACCCUCAGAAGCACAAAGCAAUACAUGUGUUCUUAAAAUAUGUGACAGGAUUUGACAGCGUGGAUGAUGAAUCUAAACACAGUGACCACAUAUUCUCUUACAAGAGCCCAAAGCCUGAGGAAUGGACCACAGAUGACAACCCUCCCUACACCUAUUACCUGUUCUUCAUGUAUGCCAACAUCAUGGUUCUCAACAACCUGCGCAAGGAACGAGGACUGAACACCUUCCAGUUCCGUCCUCACUGUGGAGAGGCAGGUUCCAUCACACACCUGGUCUCCGCCUUCCUGACAGCUGACAACAUCUCCCAUGGACUCAACCUUAAGAAGAGCCCAGUGUUGCAGUAUCUCUACUACCUGGCCCAGGUCCCUAUUGCCAUGUCUCCACUGAGCAACAACAGCCUGUUCCUAGAGUACUCCAAGAACCCCCUGAAAGAGUUUCUGCAUAAGGGCCUGUGUGUGUCACUGUCCACCGAUGAUCCCAUGCAGUUCCACUACACCAAGGAGGCCUUGAUGGAGGAGUAUGCCAUUGCAGCUCAGCUGUGGAAGCUGAGCACUUGUGAUUUGUGUGAGAUUGCCAGGAACAGUGUCCUGCAGAGCGGCCUAUCACACGAGGAGAAGAAAAACUUCAUUGGGCCCAACUAUCUGCAGGAUGGACCGGAGGGCAAUGACAUCCGGCGUACAAAUGUGGCACAAAUCCGCAUGGCCUAUCGCUACGAGACUCUGUGCAAUGAGCUCAGUUUUCUGAUUGAUGCUGUGAAGACAGAGUUUGGCCAGAGUUCAGCUCACUGACUGAACACACCAGCACAAACUGUGCCUGGAUAUAUCACACAGGGAUAAAGGGGCACAGGUUAGAUGGCACAUAAUAAACCCUCUCUAAAUAUUCCUGAAACACACUAGGGAAAAAAAAAUGGGGGGCUUUCUAUUUGCUGUUUAUGGAUGAGUUAUUUUGUUGUUUUGGCCUGCUUCAUGCCACAAAGUGGAAAACUUGACUCAAGCACAUUAACAAUCACCAUGUGCCUCAUUUCAUGAGAAUAAUGUUUCUUUUCUUUUGGAUGUUAAAUGUGGGUUUGGAUAUACUGAGGUGCAUUUUCCAUGUAAUUUGAUCUACUGUAGAAUUGACACAUUAAGAAGGUUAAAGGGUUUUAUAGUUACAAAGGAAUGAUCGGUGUCUUGUUCUGCAAGUUACUUCUAUGAUGAGCCUGAAAUGAAGUGAAGAUAAUGUAAGGCUAUGAUCAGACUGUGCUGUUUGCAUGGAUUUCUACAGAAGUUAAUAAAAGACCAGGUAAACAUUUACAGAGAGACCACUGAGGCUAUUUUUGUGGUGAAAUCUGUGUUUAAAACUUGCUACACUCACAAAUGUAGCUGUUUGGAAUUAUUCUUCAUUUUUAUGUCAUUUUUUAAAGUUUUCCGUUCUUAAAAUAAAGCCUGCAGAAAUGUCACGGGUGUUUUUCAAGAGCUUUCUUUAAACCUGACCGCCAUCGAGACACAUUUUCUAUAAAUGUGUCUGAGUGGACGCAGGCGCUGUUUAAACCAUCUGCUGACAGCAUGCAAGAUCAAGAUCUUCCACAAAUGUGUUUUAUCAUGAUAAGAGACAGAAACAGACAGUUGUGGUCAGGAACGCCUGAAACUAGUUUGAUAAGGCUGAUAGCUUUUGUAAAAACAAACAAACAAUAAAAAAAAAAAACCCUAAAAAUAUUUUUUCUAGCUCAGUUAAAAUAAAUAAGUAAAUAAAUACUUACCAGCAAAGUCCUGCAAGUCUCUUGGCAGCCAUCAUGAAAUCUUUCAAACAUAUGGUGUGUUUGAGCAGUUCCAUGAAACAUCACUUCAAUGGUCACAGACAAACAGAAGCUGUGUGUAUAGAAUAGUUACAGAAUUCUCCGACAGAGUCAACUUUUAGUACCAUGUCUCUCUCAUAUCUCUGACCUAAGAAAGAUAAAUUUAGAGGGGGUUAAAUCUUGAUAAGGUAAUUUUAUGGAC